UUCUUCUUCCCAAAGCUUGGCCAGAUGAAGGAGGCUGUGAGGAAGAGGAAGAUGCUGCGGGCCCCCUGGGCAGGUGAGGAGGAACUGAGGACGGAGAGCACGGAGGACAAAUCCCCCCGGCAGACCCUGGUGGGAGAGGCCGUUUUGAACGGCUCCACGGUGCGGGAAGGCAGCGGGGAGGAAAAGCCCCGGAGAUCCCCCCGGAGGAGGGGCUCCAAAGCCAGCCCAGGGUGCUCUGAGGAGGAAAGAGGCAGCCUGUGCCGGGAAGGCGGCCGGAGCUUGAGCCGGAGCUCCGAGCUGGUGGUGCAGGAGCGCGUCAGUGCCGUGGAGAAGCCCUACAAGUGCCCCAGUUGUGGGAAGAGCUUCAACAGCAGCUCCAAGCUCCUCGCCCACCAGCGUGUCCACACUGGGGAACGGCCCCACGAGUGUGAGGAAUGUGGGAAGACCUUCCUUUAUAGCUCCCACCUCCUCACCCACCGCCGGGUGCACACGGGGGAACGGCCCUACAAGUGUUUGGAAUGCGGGAAGGGCUUCGCCGUCAGCUCUCGCCUGAUCUGCCACCAGCAGAUCCACACUGGGGAACGGAGGCCCCGGCCCUACAAAUGUGGGGAAUGCAAGAAAAGCUUCACAUACAAUUCUGAACUCGUCACCCACCAGCGCGUGCACACAGGGGAGAAACCCUACGUGUGUGGGGAAUGCAAGAAAAGCUUCACAUACAAAUCUCAACUCGUCACCCACCAGCGCGUGCACACGGGGGAGAAGCCCUACAAGUGCUUGGAAUGUGGGAAGAGCUUCAACAUCAAAUCCAACCUGACCCAGCACCAGAAGACCCACACUGGGGAACGGCCCUACCAAUGUCUCGAGUGUGGGAAGAGGUUUCGGAGCAGCUCGGGUCUCCUCAAGCACCAGCAGACGCACACGGAUGAGAGGCCCUUCCGCUGCACCGACUGUGGGAAGGGCUUCAAACAAAACUCCAACCUCAUCACCCACCAGCGCAGCCACACUGGGGAGAGGCCCUACAAGUGUGGGGAGUGUGGGAAGAGGUCUCGGAGCAGCUCGGAUCUCCUCAAGCACCAGCAGACGCACACGGAUGAGAGGCCCUUCCGCUGCACCGACUGCGGGAAGGGCUUCAACCAGAACUCCACCCUCGUCACCCACCGGCGCAUCCACACUGGGGAGAGGCCCUACAAGUGCAAGGAGUGUGGGAAGAGCUUCACCUGGAGCUCUACCUUGACCAGACACCAACAGACCCACCAGUAA